CGAAUAGUGGGGAAUGAGCCGGAAAUAGUCCCUGGGCCUAAAACUUUGGGAAUAGUAAAGAAUUAACGUUAAGCCUUUGGUUGAGCCGCGCAAGUCCAAGCGGCCUCCACCACUCCGAAGUCAGGAUUCAGGGUCGGCCUUCACCACUCCGGAGGCGGAAGCAAACCUCGGAAAGCCGGGGGUCUUGGCAGUGGAGCGGCGAAGUCUUGCUGCCAAGACCAAUGACGAAAUCGGUGGGAAGCUGCUGACAAAAGAAUAGGUCAGCAUAACUAAUAAAUCGUCGCGGGCGGCCUUGGGAGUGAUAUUUAGAUGUACCAUUCACCAAACAUCUGCUUAGAAAAUAUAUUGCAGUACAUGCUCUAGGAAGAUGUUCUUGGGAAGACCCUUCUGGCACCAUUGAGAAGAUCGCAGAAAGUUUGUGCUCGAAAACUAUAUAAACACCACGGCAGGUCCAUGAAGCUCCUUUUCUCCAUUCUAACUUGCGUCACAGCAAUUGUCCUAUUUUACUCCUUCGACGAUAUCAAGAACUUGGCUACCAUUCAGAUUCUCUCGUCUUCGAAGCGAAGCUCUACCACGACGUCUAGAUUAGCUCCAGAAAACAUACUACCUCUUACCCCACCAAUCACACUACAAGCGCUAUCCGACAUGUCCAUACCGCGCGCAAUCCGCACCGCUUUCGUCGCCGUUGAGCAAGCGGAGGGCGCAGGUGCCCGCGUCCGCAGGUCAAUCGGGACUCCUAAAUUGCGAAACUUCAGCCCCUUCCUCCUCCUCGAUCACUUUACAGUCGGAAGCGGCGCCGGGUUCCCAGACCACCCCCACCGAGGUCAGGAGACAAUCACCUACCUCCUAUCCGGAGGCGUCGAUCAUGAAGACUUUGCCGGACACGAGGGCACGAUUGGGCCGGGAGAUCUCCAAUUCAUGACUGCCGGCCGGGGAAUAAUGCAUGCAGAAAUGCCGCACGAGAACCCGGACGGGAGCCCCAAUGUCGGCAUGCAGCUGUGGGUUGACCUGCCUGAGAAGCUGAAGAUGUGCGAGCCUCGAUACCGCGAUCUGCGCGCGGCGGAGAUCCCAGUAGCUGAUGUCGACGAGGGCAAAGUGUCCGUUAAAGUGAUAUCUGGACAAUCGCACGGAGUCGAUUCGGUGCGCGACCUGGCGUACACUCCGGUUUGGAUCUUCGACAUCACCAUGCGCCCCGGGGGGAAGAUUUCACAACUCCUCCCUCAGGGUUGGAAUUCAUUCGCAUACACGCUGAGCGGCACUACGAGGUUUGGCGCAGCCAGUGAAUCUACUAAUACGGCUCCGCCAUCUUCCCUAGCCGACUCCUCUCCUGCUAAGACCGUUGGGCCGUUCCAUAACGUUGUAUUCGACCAGCCUGGUGAUUUUGUGCAGGCUUCGAAUGCAGCAGAGGCCAAGGAGGACUCGCGGUUCAUGCUUAUCGCUGGCCAGCCUCUCAACCAGAAGAUUGUGCAGUACGGCCCGUUCGUGCUGAAUAGUCAGGAGCAGGUGCAGCAGGCUAUGAUAGAUUUCCAGAGCAACUCCAAUGGGUUUGAGAGGGCAAGGGGAUGGCGAAGCGAAAUUGGGAAAAGAAUGGGUUAGGCGUGCGAUUGUUUGAUUUAUUGAUAUAUUGGUAUUUCAAAGGGGUUUUUCUGUCUGGACGACGAAGGCAUGUACUAUGACUUAAACUGAAUGAUGUGUUGUGUUUUACAGCGGAAUUUGUAUAUUUAGCGAUACCUUCAUAUGCAUUGGUAUAACUUCUUCUGAGAAAUGAUAAGAAGUAAUUUUGGUUCAAAUAAAAUAUUGUUUCACUCAUGUAUAUCCCAGUAAAUGGAACUAAAACCAAGAACAAUCAUACAAAUCACGCCUCG